GAUAACGUGAUGCCUUGUGUGCGCUUGCCCACCCUCGGUACUUAGAGUUUGUGUGUGAGAAACUAAUGAGAAACUAGAAGAGAGCUCUGAGGAUGUGAAGGUGGCAGAGCUUUUCUGUAGCAGAGACAGAUGAAAUGGAAAUCUUACCAAACCGCCGAGAGCUGAAAAGGCUGUUCUUCGGGAUGUUUUUGGGACGUGAGCUUUUGUUGUGUCUUUUAAUCUGUUAAUGAGAGUCUGCUGAGGUGGCAGAGAAGAGCUAAAAGGAGUCUUGAUCCCAGAGUGACUGCCUCAUUCAGGAGAACAUCUAGAUUAGCUAGUGAUUGUGAGCAUAGCUCAGCAUCAUGGAGAAAUUCAAGGCAGCCAUGGUUCUGGGUGCGGUUGGCGAUGCCUUGGGUUACAGAAAGGGCCAUUGGGAGAGCUGCACCUCAGGGAAGAAAAUCCAAGAGGAACUGGCCUCUCUGGGCGGACUGGGAGCCCUGAAACUGGACCCAGAUAACUGGCCACUGAGUGAUGCAGUGCUGAUGCACAUGACCACAGCAGAAGCGCUUGUAACAGAUUACUGGUGUCUGGAGGACCUGUACCGGGAACUGGUACGUCUCUAUGUCGAAGCCAUGGUGUCUCUCCAAGGCAGAGCCCCUGAUCCUGCCACAGUCGAGAGCUGCGUUCACCUCAAACCUCACAACUUCCUGCUCGCCUGGCACACACCCUUCAAUGAUAAAGGGUCUGGGUUCGGAGCAGCUUCGAAGGCUAUGUGUGUGGGGAUGAGAUACUGGCAACCUGAGAGACUAGAAAACCUGGUGGAGGUCAGCAUUGAGAUUGGCAGAAUGACCCACAACCACCCUACAGGCUUCCUGGGCUCCCUGACAACAGCGCUGUUUGCGUCCUAUGCGAUCCAGGGGAAGCCUCUCGUGACUUGGGGCCGCGAGCUCAUGAAGGUCAUCCCUCGAGCUGAGGAAUACUGCAAGAAAACCAUACGACACAUGGCAGAGUAUCAAGAAAGCUGGUUCUACUUUGAGGCCAAGUGGCAGUUUUACCUUGAAGAGCGAGAGAUAGAUAAGGAAGGACAGAACAAACCUUUAUUCCCUGAUCACUAUGAUGCUGAGGAGACAGACAAAACGUACAAGCGUUGGAGCUCAGAGGGCCGAGCAGGCAGGAGGGGUCAUGAUGCUCCUAUGAUAGCCUACGACGCUCUCCUGGCUGCAGGGAGCGACUGGGCUGAACUGUGCAAACGAGCCAUGUUCCACGGAGGUGAGAGUGAAGCCACAGGCCUGAUUGCAGCUUGUCUAUAUGGCCUCCUGCAUGGCCUGAGCCAGGUUCCACCAGGCCUGUACCAGGAUUUGGACAAAAGAGAACGCCUAGAAGAGCUGGGAGAGGCACUGUUCAAGGCAGCAUCUGUGGAGAAAUGCAUAGACAAGUAAUCCUGACCUUCACUGCCUUGAACUCCAAUCAGCAAGAACUGCAAAUGCCCCCAAAACCUUCGCUCUUCUGUCCCACACUACUCUUUGCUUUCUCAGUAGUAUUAAGUGGCAUCUCGCCCUUCCUCACCGCUCUUGCUCUGCUCUUAAUUUUGCUAUACAGAGAUCUGUCAUGAACUGUAAAGUUAAGAUCACCUCUUAUUAUAGGUGUGAAACCAAGGAACAACAAAAGGAAGCCUGUUUAGGUUACUGAGUUGACACGAAUGCUUUCUGUAAACUCAUCCACUACACCUGUAAUCACUUUAUUUUACAUUAAUCCAAUGUUUUGAUAAUGUCAGAGGACACAACACAUAUGACUCCACGUCACUCUGGCAGCGCCAAUGACAUGCUACUAUUACAUUUAAAUGACAGAGCUGUGGGGAAAAGAAAAAUGUUUGGCCUUUAUAACGUUUAGUUAACAAAGAAUAGUACAUUUGUUAACAAUCAAUGCAAUUUCUUUCUCUGACAUUUCUUUUCUGAAGCUAACCUGUAUUAACAUGAAGCACUAUGUUGUUUUACAGAGCAUCUCAUUUAUUGAAAUCUGCAUACAUUUUGUGCAAACACUGCCUACUGGGGUUUCGAAAAAAGCACAACUGAGUUUAAGGUUUUAAUAUUAUCUUCAGAACCCCUAAGUUCCAACUUUUAUCUCAGGUGCUGGACAAAAUCACUACUUUUCAAACUAGAGUCAUCCUAUCUGUCUUUAGCUUAUUUGUGCAUGUGAGAUGGUUGAAAUAAUGAAAAAUGUUGAUAAUAAUGAUGAAUGAAGAGUUAAACUUUUAUGAAUACAAAUACUGAGUUAUGUUUUCUUAUACUGUGAUGAAUUAUUAAUUGCCCUGUGAUGCUCUUAUCCAAUACACAGUAGUGUAUUAUACUGUCAAAGCACUACACAACAUGGUUAAUGUUAAAAUGACAAGACAAUUAAAAUGGACUCAGAUACA